AUGUGCUUAGAAAAUAACGAUGCUUUAGCAACACUGGAUUCUUCAUCACCUCAUCGUCCUUGUUGUUUUCUGUUUGAACAAUCAACUAAAAAUGUUGGUCUUUCAUAUCUUGCCCCACAACGUGAAAAGUUUAUUCAUCGUAAUGGUGGUCAUUUUUCUUUAAUGGUUACUGGUGCGUUUAAUUGUGGUAAAACUAGUUUUAUUAACACUUUGUUUAAUUCCGAUUUGGCUCCAGUUGAAUCGUUAUCCAGCAUUAAUUCAAAUGACGAUUCGUCUUUGGGUUUAACCAAUCCUUUAACUUCAUUAAAAAUUCUGAAUAUUGAAUUAAUCGAGGACGGAGUUCCAUUGGAAUUAAAUGUUAUUGAAACUCCUGGCUUUGGAGAAUCAAUCGAUAAUCAAUGUUCUUGGAUUCCACUUAUUAAUUAUAUAGAACAACAAUUUAAUUUUUAUGCUUUCCAAGAAGAACAACCAGAACGAAACCAGUUGGUUGAUUCAAGAGUUCAUGUUUGUAUUUAUGUGAUUUAUCCUUCAAAUCAUGCAUUACUGCCUCUUGAUAUAAUAAGUAUGAAGGAAUUGAAUGAGAAAAUCAAUUUAAUACCAGUCAUUGGUAAAAGUGAUUGUUUAACAUAUGAAGAGUUGAAUAAUUUUAAAAAAAUUAUUAAAAACCAAUUGAUUGAAAAUAAUAUUGAAAUUGGUAAAUUCAUCUUGGAUCAAUCGCUCAAAUCUAAAUUAACUUCUCAAAUUCCAUAUGCCAUUAUUAAUUCAAACGAGAAGAAUCAAUUAAUUAGAAAAUAUGAUUAUGGAAUCAUUGAAAUUGAAAACUCAGAUCAUUGUGAUUUCGCUUCACUUCGUAAUCUUUUAAUUACUGAGAAUAUGUUGGAUUUUAUUGAAUCAACCGAGUAUUAUUAUGAAUCCCAUCGUUCGAAUUGUUUUAAUAAUCGAUUGAAAAUUUUAAAUUUACCAAUUAAUGAAAAUGAAGAUGGCCUACACCAAUAUUUGAAAUAUCAUCAGUUAAAUUAUCAAAGUUAUCAACGGAAAAUUAAUGAAAUUGAUCCAAUUUUAGAUUUAAAACAAAAACAAUUAAAAGAUGUUUUUGCAAUCGUGGUGUCUAAACAAGAAAAUCGGUUCAAAGAAUGGAAAAAGGCGUUAAUUGAAAAGCAAGAUGAAUUGAAUGCAGACAUUGCCAAACUUCACACCAAGCUAAUUGGUUUAAAAGAAAUUAUAUACUUGUUAGAAUCGGGGACCCCAGCCGAUGAAAUUGAUUCAAAUCGAACUUCUCUGGCUCAAUAUUAUACUGAUGAUAGUAUAAAUGACGACGAAAGCUUCAGAGGUAUCAGCUCCUCCAAAAGUGAAACCCAUUUCUUUUCCUUCCAAUAA